AUGAUCGCUACCCGUCGUGCACUUCGAUACUUACGGCUGUCAAGACGGCUCUCGCUUCGAGAUCCUCCAGUCCGGUCCCGCCAUCUUCACACACCACCUCCGAACCGUUCGGAGGACUCGUCGAUCCAUUCUCCUCUCUUGUUGGCCCCCCCUGCGGUGACGAUAAAACCCCCCGUGGAAGAGUAUGUUCGACAGAUACGCGAGCAGUAUGGGGACUGCCUCCCCGCCGGUCUGCUUGAAGAGGGUGAAUACAAACUCUACGAGAGGUACUAUGGCCGCCCGACCCGACUGCUGCAGCCUGGCGAGACGCUUGAGGUGCAUCCCGAGGAAUGGGAGGAACUUGGGGCUACUAUGCACGAUGAGGAUGGAGCGGAGAUUUCGGAGGAGGAGGCCGAGACGGAGUCCGACUCUGACCAUUUCCCGCCCCCAAAGACGCCUGGGGAGGAGGACUUGUACGCACAGGUCGCCCAGCGAAUCGCCCACCCCGAAGGGGUAAAAACGGAGGAGGGAGGUCAGGACCACGAUAACCACUUCCGUGCAGGUUCUCCUAACCUCUUCCGCACACACCCGCUCACGUCCAUCGGUCGCUUCGCAACCUAUCCGUUCGCCAUCCAAUUCCCGCCAUCGAUGAAGCACCGGACAAAGUCUGUCAUCGCCAAUGUCCCCACCUCGCAUCUAAUAGACUCGGCGCAAGCCACCCUCGGCGGUUCACCAUUCAUACACUCGCCCAUCUACUCGAAGAAGCGGAGUAAGCGCGAGCUGCAAAUUCCCUUGAACCCGACUACUGCUCAAUUUUCGGAUAUGGAUGCGCAUGUGUUUCUCACGGCCUUGAUGCCGGGCCUAUACGCGCAGUGCUUGAGUUCGUUGACCGAGCUGCGGAGGCGAUUGGGCAGCGAUUGGGUGCUCGGUGGGGAUCGGGGGGAGCAAGGUGUUAGGAAUGUGCUUGAUGUGGGGAGUGGGGGCGCUGGUGUGCUUGCUUGGCGGAGCAUUGUUGAAGCGGAAGAGGAGAGAAGGAGGGAUGAACUCUCCGAGAGGACGGGGAAGCCGUUGCCAGCGGGGGAGAGGAGCGGGCUGCGCGCUGUUGUUGUCACGGGGUCUAUCGCUCUUAGGCGGAAGGUAUCGCAAUUGUUGGACGAUACCAUAUUUAUUCCCCGAAUGCCGGAUAUCUAUUUCGAAAACCUACACCACAUGCCAGGCGUCUCGACGGAGAGGAACAAGGCCCAGCCGAGAAAACUCUACGAUCUGAUCAUUGCUACAAACAGACUCCUCCCCAUAGUGAAGUCUUUCUACCGCCACCAAGUCAUUGAGCAACUCUGGUCGCACCUAAAUCCGAAUGGCGGCGUCCUUUUGAUGAUCGAAAAAGGCACGCCAAUGGGCUUCGAGGCCAUCGCCAGCGCCCGCUCCACCAUCCUAAGGAACUACAUCAAGGACGUUGGUGAAGCCUUCCAGCCCCCCCCGACCGCAAAUGCCUACGGCGACCCCACCGACCCCUCCAUCGAAAAGGAGCCCGGUGCCAUAAUCGCCCCAUGCACGAACCACGAACAAUGCCCCUUAUUCGCCUUUGGCCCCACCGACGGCACCCGCCGUAAAGACUACUGCCGCUUCCCACAACGCUAUGUACGCCCCGGCUAUCUGCAGAAACUUAUGAAUGUGAAGCAGUCAGACAAGAACCACGAGGACCUCGAGUACUCAUACGUUGCCUUUCGUCGUGGCGCCGACCACCGCGCCGACACGAAGAACAAGAUCAACCCAGCAAUGGAGGACUUCGCCCCAAUCCCCGUCGAUGGCGAACCCGCCACGUCGAUUCUGGGCCCGUACACGAUGCCACAACUCCGCAAUUACAGUCUAACCCUCCCGCGCAUCAUCGUCCCACCCAUCAAAAGCCACAAGCACGUCACACUUGACGUGUGCACUCCGACAGGCUUAGUCGAACGUUGGAUUGUCCCUUGGAGCCUCGGAAAAUUCGAGUACAGAGACGCGAGGAAGAGUAGGUGGGGUGAUCUCUGGGCGCUCGGAGCGAAAACCCGCACAAAGCGGAACAUAAAUAUUGGGGGCGAUGGCGGCAAGGUCAUGUCAAAGUUGGUUGCCAUCAAAGACCCCCAUGGCGAUGGGGUGAGGGCUAUUGUCAAGGAUAAGACGCCUGUCUACUUGAAGAAUCGGAAGAGGAAGAUGAAGGAGUUGAAGAAGGCCACAAGGCUUGAAAGGAAACGAGAGGCUAAGGAGAGGCAUGCUGAAAAGGUU